AUGGCCGACAGGUUAUAGCAAAAGUACGUACUUUGUGGGUUGUGGGUUAUAGCAAAGCAAACGACGACUGACGCUUUACCGCUAUUGCAUCAAGUUAAAAAAAUGGCACCACCGAAGCCAAAGUUUGCUGAAGGUGAAAAAGUGUUGUGUUUUCACGGUCCCCUAAUUUACGAGGCGAAAUGCUUAAAAAGCUCUGUUACAAAGGAUAAACAUGUUCGAUACUUUAUUCAUUAUGCUGGAUGGAACAAGAAUUGGGAUGAGUGGGUACCGGAAAGCAGAGUUCUGAAAUAUAAUGAGGCAAAUGUGCAAAGACAAAAGGAGGUGCAAAGGACCCACUCUGCACAGCCUACAAAGACCAAAAAGACUCCAGCAAAAGGACGCAAAUCUGAGACCACAACCAGUACAACACCGGCACGAGAGGAGUCUCGUGCUUCUACACCUGCAGGUAAAGAAGCCGAGACACCAGCACCUGCAAAAGCCACAAAGACUGCUAGCAAGGACACUCCAGCUGACUCUGGAUCUGACCAACCCAAGAAAAAACGCGGUCGACUCGACCUAUCCAUCGAGUCAGAGGAGCAGUACCUAACAAAGGUUGAAGUCAAGAUCAAAAUCCCCGAAGAGCUCAAAGUAUGGCUUGUCGACGACUGGGACGUGAUAACUCGGCAGCAAAAACUGGCAAUUUUACCAGCAAAAUUAACCGUGGAACAGAUUGUAGAUAACUAUUUAGCAUUCAAAAAGUCGAGUAAAGCACAUAAUCAAGCGAAAGAAUCAGUUCUAGUUGAUAUCACAGAAGGUAUUAAAGAGUAUUUUAAUGCGACUCUCGGAUCACAACUGCUUUACAAAUUUGAGAGGCCACAAUAUAGUGAAAUAUUACAAGAGUAUCCUGACGUGCCUAUGGCACAAGUAUACGGCUCUAUACACUUGUUAAGACUUUUCGCAAAAUUGGGUCCAAUGCUGGCUUACACGUCAUUAGACGAAAAAUCACUCCAGCAUGUUUUGACUCAUAUACAAGAUUUUCUUAAGUAUAUGGUAACCAAUCGGUCGACGUUAUUCAACCUGCAGGAUUACGGGAAUGCGACGCCGGAGUAUCAUAGAAAAAUUCAAUAGCAUUUUCUGUGUAACCGAUACUAUACAAAAUAUAAUGACCAGUUUAUAAAUCACCCUUUGAAGUUUACAGUUCAAGGCAAGCAAUAGCUUAAGUAGGAAGGGAAAUGAAAAUUUAUUUUGCGAAUAUCCAAAUAUUAUAGCUUACAAUUUUAUAGCAGUUUCAAAAUUGUUAAGAUUCGUGCAAAUGUAUAUUUCUAUACUAAUGUUGUUUAUGUAUGCUAGGGCGUAAUUUCAGAAAAUGCGUAAACAAUUUUUCACCCCACUAGCUUGGAAAGGCUUUUUUCUCAUUAGAAAUUGCGCGAUUUUUUUUUUCAAAAUUGCUUUUUGCACGCUACCGUGGAAAAGCUUUUUGAAAUUCGAACUUGACCAUGGACUGUAGUGCACAUAACUUUUUCUUUCAAUGGAAAAAAAAAACAUAAUGACACGUUCAACUGGUUCUGGAAAUAUCAUUGGGUUCUACGUGAUUUGUAAUAUAAUGUAAAAACGCGUGUGUUCCUCAACUUGACAUUGGCGAAAUCAUCGAUUAUUUCGAUGGGGCCAUCUUUUAAAAGAAGAAGAAGAAUCCGUUAGUAUAUUUUAUUAUUAUUAAUGUUGACAUUAAAUUGACAACGAUAACUAAUUUUGUUUAUUAAAUUAUUUUAAUUCGUCGAAGAACUAAACUGAUUUGUUUAUAGUUUAGUAACUAAACUGUUUUUCGUCUACCAUUCUCCUCGCUAUAGUGAGGUGAAAAGUUGUGUGUUUCGCUCGGCAACAAAGUUGUUUUGCGUCUCGUGUCUUGAAACCCUCGCUACGCUCAGGAUUCUAUUUGUGAACCACUCGCUUCCUUGUGGUUUAAUCUUUAGACUCCUUCGCUUGCUCAGGUUUCAAUAUGAGCCCUCGCGUCAAACAACAACUUUGCAGCCUUGCAUAACAAAUAACUAUUAAUAGAUGUAUUUGUUUGCCUACCUAUGCAAAAUUUAAGGAUGACAAAAAAUAUAAAAAUAACAAUUUGAAAAGGGCAUUACAAAAGUAGCACUACACUUUUAUUCCCAAUAACAUGUACACUUUGUUUAAGGACUUUGAAAGUAUAACGACCCUUAUAACCUGAAGUUGUUUUAUCCGUCAUCAUAACUUAAUGUUAAAAAGUUGAUAUAAUUAAGUUGACAUAUUUUAUCUACGUAUAUAAAAAGUGUGUUUGUAUGUUUGCAUGCGUUUAGUCGUUAUUCGAUGGUGAUUAGACUUUCGUGAGUUGUUGUGCCCACACCUGCAAAAGUUUCUGACGUAUUAGAACAAUUUAUCAGGUGGCCCAGUUGUUCAAGAAAAUUAAAUGUGGUUACUGGUUUAUUUGCACAUGUACUUUUAUAAAAAUAUUUUAUUACAGUGGCAUUGUAACGCCCGGUUCAGCUAGUUAAUAAAAUGUACAUACUUAAAAGUCUGUUUUCAUUUAAUAUUCUUUAAUGUAGACCUCACUUAUUUUAUUAAAUUAAUUUCGACAUACGUUUAAAACGUUCGUGUUACAAGUACACGGGGCUAUCAGCGCAAAAGUGGUGUAACCCACAUUUGUUUUUCUAUAAUAUAUUUUAAAUGAUUUUAGAAUUUUAUAAUUAAAUGUUUU